UUUCUUUUCACCUAUCUCUUUCUUUACUACACAAAUUAAACUUUUUCAACAUUUGCUAUCCCUUUCACUGCGAGCACUUGAAUCGCGAAAGUCUUCAAGAAAAGAACUAUAAAUUUUUUUAAUUCUACAGGAAUACAUUCAAUAUAAAUUUAAAUUUCUAAACCAAAUACAAGAUGCCGAAAAAUAAGGGAAAAGGAGGUAAAAAUCGUCGUCGUGGAAAGAACGAAAAUGAAUUCGAAAAACGUGAAUUGAUUUUCAAGGAAGACCAGCAGGAAUACGCUCAAGUCACCAAAAUGUUGGGAAAUGGUCGACUUGAGGCGAUGUGUUUUGAUGGCGUUAAACGUCUAUGUCACAUUCGUGGAAAACUACGAAAAAAGGUCUGGAUUAAUCAAGGCGACAUUAUACUUGUCGGUCUUCGUGACUAUCAGGACUCAAAAGCAGAUGUCAUUUUGAAGUACACACCAGAUGAAGCCAGAAAUUUGAAAACAUACGGAGAAUUCCCAGAAUCAGUGCGUAUCAAUGACACAGUUACAUUUGUCGAAGAUGGUCUCGAUGAAGAUAUUGAAUUUGGUGAUGAAAUAAGUUCAGAAGAUGAUGCAGAUUCAGUCGAUAACAUCUAGAGAACAAAAUUAAUUAUAAGUCAACAACAUUAUGAAAAAUCUAUAAAAAAAAAAUACCUUUUUUGUUUACUAAUAUAUCUAUUAUAAUAUUAUGUAUUUUAAAAUAAAAAAAAAUAGAAACCUUAA